CUAUUUACCUCUUGAAAGAUAACAUUUUAAAACAUGCAACUCAUGUUUACAAACACUUCAGACAAGAACUAGGAAGAAAACCUGCCAAAAUGUGUGCUGGAGUUUCGUCUCCGUUAUUUGGAUACGGCACCCUUUCAUUAAUUUGCCUCAUCCUACCUCACUGCGUUGGUACAUACUCACCCCCUGCUGCCCCACAACUGACAACUGUUGGAUCUACGUCAGUGGAUGAAGGACAGUCCAUUAUAUUAAGAUGCACCUUGUCUACGCUGGGUAACCCUCCCAUCAUGUGGAGCUGGCAAUGUGGAUAUGACACACUGACCACUGGAGUGACCAAUACAGGGACCCAGUCAGAGCUGACAUUGACAGCAAACAGAAAGUACAACCAGAGAACGUGUCAGUGUAGAGCCACAAGUCCAAGUCUGUCAUUGUCGUAUAACAGGGCAUCAGGGACACAAACCAUCACCGUGUAUUACUCACCCCCUGUUGCCCCACAACUGACAGCUGUUGGAUCUACGUCAGUGGAUGAAGGACAGUCCAUUACAUUAAGAUGUACCUUGUCUACGCUGGGUAACCCUCCUAUCACGUGGAGCUGGCAAUGUGGAUAUGACACACUGACCACUGGAGUGACCAAUACAGGGACCCAGUCAGAGCUGACAUUGACAGCAAACAGAAAGUACAACCAGAGAACGUGUCAGUGUAGAGCCACAAGUCCAAGUCUGUCAUUGUCGUAUAACAGGGCAUCAGGGACACAAACCAUCACCGUGUAUUACUCACCCCCUGCUGCCCCACAACUGACAGCUGUUGGAUCUACGUCAGUGGAUGAAGGUCAGUCCAUUACAUUAAGAUGUACCUUGUCUACGCUGGGUAACCCUCCUAUCACGUGGAGCUGGCUAUGUGGGGAUGAUAGACUGACCACUGGAGUGACCAAUACAGGGACCCAGUCAGAGCUGACGUUGACAUCAAACAGGAAGUACAACCAGAGAACGUGUCAGUGUAGAGCCACAAGUCUCAGACCGUCAUUGUCGUAUAACGCGACAUCAGGGACACAUACCAUCACAGUGUACUAUAACAACGUCAUAACAUCAAAGGUGAAUGAACAUGUCAUCAGUGAACAUGGAAGACUUGAGAUAAAAUGUGAUGUGGAUGGAAACCCGUUAUCUACCAUUACGUGGCUGUUUGUUCCAAACAACACUGUUGUAAAGAGAGAAUCUGAUGUACACAGUAGCUCACUGGAUAUAUUGUCAGCAAACUGCUUAGAUCACGGAAAUUACAAGGUUACAGCAGAUAAUGGAAAAGGCCCCGCAGCAACGAGAAGAACUCAUAUUGCUGUUAGAUGUAAGCCUCGACUGGAUAGCGUUGAUGUGCAGACGCCAGACAAACUUGGCAUAGGAAAUAAUGAAUCUCUUCAAAUACUUGUGAGAAUGCUAUUGUAUCCACAAGCGACUCUGACACAGUGGACGUUUGUGGGAAAAAAUAAUGAGAGUAGAGUAAUUUUGAAUAAUAGAGGUGGCUACAGCAUAACAGAAAGUAAGGGAGAAAAUAAACAAAACAUCUCUCUAUACAAAAGGCGUGUUGACACAGAGGACUUUGGAAACUACACUAUAAUGGUUCUGAAUGAUGUUGGUAAUUCCACCAGGACCUAUCAUGUAGAUGCAGCAAGACCACCUUUAAAACCUACCAAUUUAACACUGGUAUGUGUCACGUCGUCUGUAAAGUUAUCAUGGAUUUCUAACUUCAAUGGUGGAGACAGUCAGACCUUCAAGAUUUCCUAUUCCACUAAAGGGAAUUUAUUAACACCCUAUACAGAUCUAAAGAACAUCAGUGACAAAGGAUAUGGGAUACUCCACAGUUACACUCCCGGCAUUGGGCUACAGGGGGCAAUAUGGUUUACUAUCACUGCCUCCAACAUGUUUGGGGAAUCUACAUCAGAUACUGUCCAUUGCAUUGUUAAAGGAAUAGAAGAGAAGGUCAGCCAUCAGACAGGGACGAUUGUCGGCAGUGUUGUCGCCAGUGUGGCUUUUAUCGUCGCUGUUUUAGUCAUUGUGAUUUUCCUCAGAAGGCCUUAUAAAUGCACCUGCAUGCUAAAAAUGGGGAUAGAGCGCAUAGAUGAAAAUGUAAAAGCAGCUGACAUGUCUAAAGAUGAAUCUCAAAUUUCUUUGGCAGAGCAACAUGUACAGGGAGAAAGAAUUGUGUAUGAAGAAUUAAAAGAGAGAGAAGCUGGAAAUCAAUACCAGGAUCUCUCCAUUAAAGGAAAAGAAGAAAGUAAAACGCAAACUUAUGAGAACAUACAAGGAUCCAAUGCUGGCAAUAAAUACGAGGCAACUUCAACGGUUUCUAAAAAGCAAGAUGAGAGAGACCAGACGUACUACAACACCCGGAUGGUAACGCCUACUGAUGUGUACGUCAACACCUCAUUUCAGAACUAGUCAAUCAGACUUACUACAACACCCGGAUGGUAACGCCUACUGAUGUGUACGUCAACACCUCAUUUCAGAACUAGUCGUAGGAAGUCCAAGCCACGUCAUAGUCAUGUGGUCUAUCAGAAGAUACUUACGAUUUGUCAUGUGUGUG